AUGGCGUACCUUGUGCCAUCCACCGACACCGAAGAAAUCACCGCCGUUCUACACGCUUACGGCGCCGCCCUCAAAACCCGAAACGUGGAGGAAGCAAUGGCACUCUACACCCCCGACGGAGUCAUCAUGCCGCCGCAUUUCUCAGCCAGUGCAGGCACCGAGGCUCUCCGUGAAUCCUAUACGCGGAUUUUCGCCACAAUCCAGCUCGUGAUUGCUUUCCAGAUUGAGGAAAUUGUGGUCAUGUCGCCGGAGUGGGCGUUCGCCAGGACGACGGCAGAGGGCACGAAAACAAUUCUCGCUACGCAGGAGUCGGAACCACAUGCGAAUCAGGAACUUUUUAUUCUGAAGAAGGAAGGGGGGAAGUGGUUGAUUGCGAGAUAUGCUUUUUCGACUAUGAAGCCUUUGGUGCAGAAUGGGGUUCGGAGGAGCUGA